UCGACGCAAAAACCAAAUUGGUUUCGUGGCCGUCCGUUUAAAUCGUGGUCUUGUUUUGGUGGUGGCCGAUUUGGGGUUGCAUCUCUCGGCUUCCUCUCCCAACCUUUCCUUCUGUCCGAUCUCUCCUCGAUCGCCACCUCCUUUUGUUCCUUCCCAAUUAAACGAGGGUUUCGAUCUGUCGAUCCCUCUUCUCGCUUAAUUUCUUCCUUCGCCCACGAAAUUGCCUCGGGUUAGGGUUCGGGAUCGGGAUUGGGAUUGGGAUUGGGAUUUGUCCCUCGCCUCGCCCCUCCUCUCUCUUUCUCGGCUAGGAUUUGAGAGGGAGAGGAUGAGCUUCCAGGAUCUGGAGUCGGGGCGGCCGCUCAUCGGGCGGAGGGAUCUGGCGAACGGGCGGCAAGAUCCUACGCAGGCCGUCGCGGCUGGGCUCUUUCAGAUCACCACGGCCGUCCGUAACUUCGAGCGCCUCGUCAAUACGAUCGGCACCCCCAAGGACACCCCCGAGCUCCGCGAGAAGCUGCACAAUGCAAGGCUACAAAUUGGACAGCUAGUUAAAGAUACUUCUGCGAAACUUAAACAAGCUAGUGAAACAGAUCAUCGUGUUGAAGUUAGUGCAAGCAAAAAAGUAGCUGAUGCAAAACUUGCAAAGGAUUUUCAAAAUAUUCUGAAAGAGUUCCAGAAACUUCAAAGGCUUUCAGCUGAGAGAGAAACUGCAUAUGCCCCAUUGGUUCCCCAAACAGUUCUUCCUUCCAGUUAUGCUGCUACUGAAGCUGAUUCCAAUUCCAACAAGGCGCUUGAGCAACGUGCUGUACUUGCGGAGUCUAGAAGGCAAGAGGUGGUGUUGUUGGAUAAUGAGAUUGUUUUCAAUGAGGCAAUUAUCGAGGAGAGAGAACAGGGCAUUCAAGAGAUUCAGCAGCAGAUAGGCCAAGUGAAUGAAAUAUUUAAGGACCUUGCGGUGUUGGUUCAUGAUCAAGGAGCUGUAAUUGAUGACAUUAACUCCCACAUCGAGAACUCUUACGCAGCAACUGCACAAGGAAAAACUCAACUCAAAAACGCAGCAAAAACACAAAAAUCAAAUUCAUCCUUGAUGUGCUUGCUUUUGGUGAUUUUUGGGAUUAUCCUACUCAUUGUGAUCAUAAUCAUUGCAGCAUAAUCAUAGAGGCUGUAGUGAACUUCAAUCUUGUUCUUUUUCUCCAGUCUAAUGUUUUAUGGACAAACGGCAGGCCCAAGUUCAUUGCACUAUGAUCUAUGAUCUAUGGUUUGCUGCAGCAGUUACUGAGUUUGUGAUCUGAUUGUUUCAGAGAAUAUAUAAUUAUAUUGAUUGCAUCUGUUUGUUGGUUUUAAGGUGCUUGGUUUUACCCAACCAAUGUGGUCGAUGAUUACAUCGGUGUUAAUAAACGAUCUUUCACUUUCAUGGAAAAUUUUCGGCUCUGUUGUUCUCUUAA